GGGGCGGGGCCACGCUGCGGGCCCGGGCCAUGGCCGCCGCCGAUGCUGAGCAGGCAGUUCCGGCCAAGGGGGAGACUAAGCAAGAGUGUUGCAUGAAAACAGAGCUGCUAAGAGAAGAUACACCCAUGGCUGCCGAUGAGGCUUCCACAGAGAAACAGGCGGGAGAGGCCCCUGCAGCCGCAGAUGGUGAAACCAAUGGGUCUUUUGAAAAAAGCAGUGACACUAGUCACCUAAAUGUGGCCAAACACACUCAGGAGAACGCAAGAGCCAGCCCACAGGACGGCACCAACAGAGCACCCCGGAUUUCGGAAAAUGGGGUUUCAGAAAGGGACAUAGAAGUGGAGAAGCAAAACCAUGUCACAGCUGAUGACUUGAUGCAGACUUCUGUUAUUGGAAGCAAUGGAUAUUUCUUAAAUAAACCAGCUCUGCAAGGGCAGCCUUUGAGGACUCCAAACACUCUAGCCUCAUCUCUUCCUGGCCAUGCUGCAAAAACCCUUCCUGGAGGGGCCAGUAAAGGCAGGACUUCAAGUGGGCUUCUUCAGACACCAGUUGCAGCACCUGCUGUGCCUGGGGCAGGGAGUGCUGAUACCGAGGACCGGAAGCCUGCUGCCCCUGCCAGUGACGUCCGGAUUCACAGGGCACGCAAAACAAUGCCGAAGUCCGUCCUGGGCCUGCAUGUGGCCAACAAGGAUCCAAGAGAAUUUCGAGAAGCUAGAGAUCAUAAGGAACCAAAAGAAGAAAUCAACAGAAACAUUUCUGAUUGUGGACGACAGCAGCUUUUACCCCCCUUCCCAUCCCUUCACCAGUCGCUACCUCAGAACCAAUGCUACAUGGCCACCACAAAGUCACAGACAGCUUGCUUGCCUUUUGUUUUAGCAGCUGCAGUAUCUCGGAAGAAAAAACGAAGAAUGGGAACCUAUAGCCUGGUUCCUAAGAAAAAGACCAAAGUAUUAAAGCAGAGGACGGUGAUUGAGAUGUUUAAGAGCAUAACUCAUUCUGCUGUGGGCCUGAAGGGUGAGAAGGCUUUGGGUGACAGCACCCUGCAUGUGAAUGGGGAGAGCUUGGAGAUAGACUCAGAAGAGGAUGACUCUGAAGAGCUCGAGGAGGAUGAGGACCAUGGAGUAGAGCAGGCCGCUGCCUUUCCCACAGAGGACAGCAGGACUUCUAAAGAGAGCAUGUCUGAGACUGACCGGGCUCCCAAGAUGGAUGGUGAGUCAGAGGAGGAGCAAGAGUCGGCCGACACCGGGGAGGAUGAGGAUGCCGGAGACGAGUCUGACCUGAGCUCUGAAUCCAGCAUCAAGAAGAAAUUUCUUAAGAGGAGAGGAAAGACUGACAGCCCCUGGAUCAAGCCGGCUCGAAAAAGGAGGCGGAGGAGUAGAAAGAAGCCAAGUGGAGUGCCUGGUUCGGAGGCAUGUAAGUCCUCUCCAGGAAGCACUGAGCAGAUGGCUCCAGGAGACAGCACGGGGUAUAUGGAAGUUUCUCUGGACUCAUUGGAUCUCCGUGUCAGAGGAAUUCUGUCCUCCCAAGUGGAGAGUGAAGGGCUGGCCAAUGGUCCGGACGCCCUGGAGACGGAUGGCCUUCAGGAAGUGCCUCUAUGCAGCUGCCGCAUGGAAACACCUAAGAGCCGCGAGAUCAGCACCCUGGCCAACAACCAGUGCAUGGCCACCGAGAGCGUGGAUCAUGAACUGGGCCGGUGCACAAACAGCGUGGUCAAGUAUGAGCUGAUGCGCCCAUCCACCAAGGCGCCGCUCUUGGUGCUCUGUGAAGACCACCGGGGCCGCAUGGUGAAGCACCAGUGCUGUCCUGGCUGCGGCUACUUCUGCACAGCGGGUAACUUCAUGGAAUGUCAGCCUGAGAGCAGCAUUUCUCACCGUUUCCAUAAGGAUUGUGCCUCUCGAGUCAACAAUGCCAGCUACUGUCCCCAUUGUGGGGAGGAGACCUCCAAGGCCAAAGAGGUGACCAUAGCAAAAGCAGACACAACCUCUACGGUGAUGCUGGCCCCUGGGCAGGAGAAGAGCAUGGUCACCGAGGGCAGGGCUGACACCACCACGGGCAGCAUUGCUGGAGCCACGCUCUCUGAGGACGACAAACCACAGACUACAGUCCCCCAGAUGCCCGAGGGCUUUGACUCCACAGGACCACCUGGACUUGUGAGGCCGACUGCUGGCCUUUCCCAGGGACCUGGAAAGGAAACCUUGGAAAGUGCUCUAAUUGCUCUGGACUCAGAAAAACCCAAGAAGCUUCGCUUCCACCCCAAGCAGCUGUACUUCUCCGCAAGGCAGGGCGAGUUGCAGAAAGUGCUCCUCAUGCUGGUUGAUGGAAUUGAUCCCAACUUCAAGAUGGAGCAUCAGAAUAAGCGCUCCCCACUACAUGCUGCAGCGGAGGCCGGACACGUGGACAUCUGCCACAUGUUGGUUCAGGCGGGUGCAAAUAUUGACACCUGUUCAGAAGACCAGAGGACUCCACUGAUGGAGGCUGCAGAAAACAACCACCUGGAUGCAGUGAAGUACCUCAUCAAAGCCGGGGCACAGGUGGAUCCCAAGGAUGCAGAGGGCUCCACGUGUUUGCACUUGGCUGCCAAGAAAGGCCACUAUGAUGUGGUUCAGUAUCUGCUUUCUAAUGGACAGAUGGAUGUCAACUGUCAGGAUGAUGGCGGCUGGACACCUAUGAUCUGGGCUACUGAAUACAAGCAUGUGGAGCUGGUGAAGUUGCUGCUGUCCAAGGGCUCCGAUAUCAACAUCCGGGACAAUGAGGAGAAUAUCUGUCUGCACUGGGCAGCCUUCUCUGGCUGUGUGGACAUAGCUGAGAUAUUGCUGGCCGCCAAGUGUGACCUACAUGCCGUGAACAUCCAUGGAGACUCGCCUCUACACAUCGCAGCCAGGGAAAACCGCUAUGACUGUGUUGUCCUCUUUCUUUCUCGGGAUUCAGAUGUCACUUUGAAAAACAAGGAAGGAGAGACUCCACUGCAGUGCGCCAGCCUCAAUUCCCAGGUGUGGAGUGCACUGCAGAUGAGCAAGGCGCUGCAGGACGCAACCCCGGACAAGCCUGUCGCUGUUGAGAAGACGAUGAGCAGAGACAUUGCUCGUGGCUACGAGCGCAUCCCCAUCCCCUGCGUCAAUGCUGUGGACAGUGAGCCGUGCCCUACCAACUACAAAUAUGUGUCUCAGAACUGUGUGACCUCCCCCAUGAGCAUCGACAGGAACAUCACUCACUUGCAGUACUGCGUGUGUGUGGAUGACUGCUCCUCCAGCACCUGCAUGUGCGGCCAGCUCAGCAUGCGCUGCUGGUACAACAAGGAUGGCAGGCUUUUGCCUGAGUUCAACAUGGCAGAGCCUCCCUUGAUCUUUGAGUGCAACCACGCCUGCUCCUGCUGGAGGAACUGCCGCAAUCGUGUUGUACAGAAUGGUCUCAGGGCAAGACUGCAGCUUUAUCGGACACAGGACAUGGGCUGGGGUGUACGGUCCCUGCAGGACAUCCCGCUGGGCACAUUUGUUUGCGAGUACGUUGGGGAGCUGAUUUCUGAUACUGAGGCUGAUGUCCGGGAAGAAGACUCUUACCUCUUUGAUCUUGACAAUAAGGACGGAGAGGUGUACUGCAUUGACGCUCGGUUCUAUGGGAAUGUCAGCCGGUUCAUAAACCACCACUGCGAGCCCAACCUUGUGCCAGUGCGUGUUUUUAUGUCGCACCAGGACCUGCGUUUUCCCAGGAUCGCCUUCUUCAGUACCCGAUUGAUCCAGGCCGGGGAGCAGCUCGGGUUUGACUACGGGGAGCGCUUUUGGGACAUCAAGGGCAAGCUCUUCAGCUGCCGGUGUGGCUCCCCCAAGUGCCGGCACUCGAGCGCAGCCCUGGCCCAGCGGCAGGCCAGUGCAGCCCAGGAGGCCCAGGAGAACGGACUACCCGACACCAGUUCUGCAGCUGCCCUGGAUCCCCUCUGAGAUGGCAGCAGGUCAGGUUCUGAUGACUGCAGUUUAGGAGGUUCUGCAAUCUGACAGCAGGGCCCUGGAGGGACGGGAGGUGUAGACACCGUCUGGGAACAUUCCACGUGGAAGCCUUGUGGCUGCCAGUGCUCAGGCACAGCCACCUUGAACCAUGCACCCUGAAAACCUGGGGCUUGGUGUUGGUAUAACCUUGUGAGUUCCUGGUGGUAGCUUUGUUGUUGUGGCAUUUCCCACAUCUCCCUCUGAUCGCUGAGGCCCUUCCUCCACCACCAGGCUUAUCUGUCUCCUGUCCAGCCAGGCUGCCAAAGCUGCCACCCCUCACAAGCUGCUCCGUUAGACUGCCACCCACAGCCUGUGCGGCCUGUGUCAGCUCCGGGGUGCCAUGCGAAGGAUGCGGGCUCCUUCGUGGGCUUGGAAAGGUUGAUGUGACCCCACCACUAACUUUGGAGAAAAUGGGGUUUGCUUUUUAGAGGAGUCCUGUAUAUCACGUCCUGUGUGUCACGCCUCUCACUGGCAAGGAAGUGGGUUGGUGGGUGCGGGCGGACCUGCACCAGCCCGGCUAGCUCCGUUGAUGCACCUUCUGUCGGUUUCUAAGCCACAUGCUAUGAGGAUGAGUACCCUGAUUUGUUUUCUACCAUUACCGAAAGUUAGGACAAACAAAGAAUAAAACACAGACAACGGUGCUGAAUCUGGUGUGGUUUCUACUCACCAUGUGAAAAUAAACUAUCAACUGUAAAAAGAGAACAAAGUGAUUUUAGAAUAAAAUGCAGGAAAAACUUUUUUAAAAUGUUAGUCUUGUAGUGUGAAUAAAUUUGCUAUCACCUUUUGUGUGAUGGCCUGGCAAGUCAUGUACUUUUUUUUUUUUUUUUUUGCAUAUACCUUUCUAAAUACUGUAAUUAGUGCAGCAAAGGUGGGUUUUUUUGUUUUUAUUUGUUUCUAUUUUUGUUUGUGUGUGUGUGUGAGAGAGAGAGAGAGAAAGAGAGAGAGAGAGAAACUCUUCUAAAACAUUCAUAAUGCAGUCAUGUUUUUUUCCUGUUACAAUGUUUUUGACAGUUUUAAGAGCAGUCUUUUGGCUCAGACCAUUUCUUGUUCUGUUUUCAAUGAAAUCAAUAAAACAAAACAACAAAAAGUA